AUGGGCUAGGGAACAGUGAGCAGUCAGUGAAGCAUCCAGCCUGCCGAACGAGCCUGCUUUUUAGGGUCAGGAACUGGUCUGACAAGAGAAUGGCAGUCGUGCCUGUAAACUGACAAUAGGAGUGUACAGUGGACGAUGAAGCUACCAGCACACUGGACCCCAAGGCAGAGACGCUGAGCAAGAGAAUGUCAAGACAUAUUUCAGGUCCCAGUGAGUGCUGCUGAAGAUGUCUGAUAGUGUGGAUAUUGAAGAGAAACCGCCAGCCCCUCCCCUGAGAAUGAACAGUAGUUCCCGCGACUCUGCCUCACUGAACCACGCCUCCAAACCGCUUCCAAUGGCCCCCGAGGAGAAGAACAAGAAGGUUCGCCUGCGCUCCAUCUUCCCUGGGGGAGACAAGACCAACAAGAAGAAGGAGAAGGAACGUCCCGAGAUCUCGCUGCCCUCCGACUUCGAGCACACCAUCCAUGUGGGCUUUGACGCCAUCACAGGGGAGUUCACUGGCAUCCCGGAGCAGUGGGCGCGGCUCCUCCAGACCUCCAACAUCACCAAGCUGGAGCAGAAGAAGAACCCACAGGCCGUGCUGGACGUGCUCAAGUUCUACGACUCCAAGGAGACGGUCAACAACCAGAAGUACAUGAGCUUCACCUCAGGAGACAAAUCCGCCCAGGGGUACAUUGCAGCAAACAACCUGAACCGGCUGCUGUCGUCCGGGCCACCCGUCAGCCUUAGAACCUGCAGCGCAUUAUUUGACAAGACCCACCCAGCUCAGAGCUCCAGACUCACAGCCACCUCCACCACCGCCGGGGCCAAGACCGCCGCCUCAGAGCCCCCCAUCGCCCCGCCCGUCUCCGAGGAGGAGGACGAGGAGGAAGAGGAGGAGGAAGAGGAGGAGGAGGAGGAGGACGAUGAGGACGAGCUGCCGCCUGUCAUCGCGCCGCGACCGGAGCACACCAAAUCAAUCUACACGCGCUCCGUCCUGGAGCCUAUGAAGCCCCCCAGCCCGGUGAAGGAGGUGGUGACUCCGCCCGAGUCCCAGGUGCAGCCGGAGAACACGUCAGACACCAUGUACCGCCACACCGACCGGCAGAAGAAGAAGUCCAAGAUGACGGACGAGGAGAUCUUGGAGCGCCUCAGAAGCAUUGUGAGUGUGGGCGACCCCAAAAAGAAGUACACACGCUUCGAGAAGAUCGGACAAGGAGCUUCAGGGACCGUGUAUACUGCUAUUGACAUCGCCACAGGACAGGAGGUGGCCAUCAAGCAGAUGAACCUGCAGCAGCAGCCCAAAAAGGAACUGAUCAUCAAUGAGAUCUUAGUCAUGAGGGAAAAUAAAAACUCUAACAUAGUCAACUACCUGGACAGCUACCUGGUGGGGGAUGAGCUCUGGGUGGUGAUGGAGUACCUCGCGGGGGGCUCGUUGACAGACGUCGUCACGGAGACCUGCAUGGACGAAGGCCAGAUCGCCGCCGUCUGCCGGGAGUGUCUUCAAGCGCUGGACUUUCUGCACUCCAACCAGGUGAUCCACAGAGAUAUAAAGAGCGACAACAUCCUGCUGGGCAUGGAUGGCUCCGUCAAGCUCACCGACUUCGGGUUCUGUGCCCAGAUCACUCCGGAGCAGAACAAGCGCAGCACCAUGGUGGGCACACCCUACUGGAUGGCUCCGGAGGUGGUGACCCGCAAGGCCUACGGGCCCAAGGUGGACAUCUGGUCCUUGGGCAUCAUGGCCAUAGAGAUGGUGGAGGGGGAGCCGCCCUACCUGAACGAGAACCCGCUCAGGGCUCUGUACCUGAUUGCCACCAAUGGGACCCCAGAGCUGCAGAACCCGGAGAGGUUAACGUCCGUGUUCAGGGACUUCCUGAACCGCUGCCUGGAGAUGGAUGUGGACCGCAGGGGGUCGGCCAAGGACCUGCUCCAGCAUUCCUUCCUGAAGUUAGCCAAGCCUCUAUCCAGCCUGACGCCCCUGAUUGUAGCCGCCAAGGAAGCCAUAAAGAACAGCAGCCGCUAGGGGGCGCCAUAGUCCUCACCCAAAGCUGGAACCUUGCCUCUAAUGUGUGUGUGUGUGUGUGUGUGUGUGUGUGUGUGUGUGUGUGUGUGUGUGUGUCUGUGUCUGUGUGUGUGUGUGUGUGUGUGUGUGGGGGGGGGGGGGUGACAGAGCCCAAAGAGACGGGUGAUCAGACUUUAAAGAGACAGCACAAGGAUUGGCCGUCCAUCACCGGCUCCCCCCACCACCCCCAAUGAGGAAGGGCGGACGCACGGCCUUGUAGCCAAUCAGCUGCUGCUGAGAGACACUGCUUCCUGGUUCAUGGCUUCCCGUGCUCUGUAUGUGUGCAGGGGUCCAUCUCGAGUGUGUGUGUGUGUGUGCGUGUUCUCUCGCGUGUUAUGUUGUAUGGGCAGAACGUAUCACACAUGCCCUUGCUUGUGUCCUACAUGCUCUCCUCGGGAGAAUAGAGUUUGCCCUACAAACCAAAAUGGGUGUGUUCCAUUUUCCUUAGUGGUUUUCUUUGGGGGGAGGAGGGAGCGGAGGGACCAAUAGCGUUGAGAAUUCCUUCACAGUGUUGCCGGCUCUCGGCUCAGUGCUGUGUCGGCUGGCCCGGGAGAAGUGGGUGAGCCACAUCUGCAUCUGUUCAAUGAAACUCUGGAGAGAGAGAGAGAGAGCGAGAGAGAGCGAGAGAGAGCGAGAGAGAGAGAGAGACUCUGAACGCAGUGUUUGCCUGCAUGACUCUGGAUCAAGAGUGUUCAUCCUCUAGAAACCCUUAUCAUCCCAGGGGAGUGUGCAUGUGUUUGAAUGUGUGCGGUAUUUGUGGUCAUGGUGCGCGUGUGUAUUGGCGGCGGGGGUUUGUCGUUUAGUGAGACGAGUAUCUCUUGAAGCUGAGUGUUACCUCCUUUGAGUCAUCCUCGAGGAUGGGGGUCACUGGAGUUCACCAACGUUGACCUAGAUUCUCUAGAUAGCUUAUUUUUAUUUAAUUAAGACAUUCGGAAAACUGAAACAACUGAAUAUCAUUUUAUGUCCAGAUUCUGCCAGAACGGCUGCCUAUUUAUUAAGGAAGUGGAACUAUUGAUGUAAGAGGAAUUGGGAUGGAGGAAUUCCAUCUAGAAAUGACUUGCAGCUUUGUUAAUUGCGAGUAUACAUCACAUAUGGGUCACAUAUGGACCUCGUAAAAUUGUUACGUCACCCUAUUGAGUGCGAGCAUUUCAACCCAAUCCCCAGAGUAUACACAGCGCUGUGUAUUUCCCACAAGAUAAUUCCAGUUUUUCUCUACUAAGGGCAAGAAAUUAAGAGGAUAUUCGGUCCCUACAAGCCGGCUUUAAAGAUACAGGGUAAAGUCAAGCUCUGCCACGCUCCAUUGAACCUACUUUUCUGAAAACUGGUGGUCCAAACAUUUACAAAAAAUGUUGUCAGGCUGAAAAGCUCUGAAGGCGAGUCAUGAGGUUUCAGAGUACCUUACCACACAUCUGUUUCCCUGGCUAGGAUGGUACGGCCUUCAAAGACAACGCAUUCAUCCAAUGACCUCUCAGAGUUUACUACGUUGCCUCUUGUGCUUCGGUGCCCUAUCGUCUCUUGGUUAGUUGUACGUGAGCUGUAGCUUGGACGUAGUUUAAUGUCUGUUCCUGUGUGUGUGUUUCUGUAAAAUGGGCGGGACAUUUGGCAGUGACCAUGAGAGGAAGUCAGUGGCAUCCCCCCCCGCAAGAGGAGGUUGUUGAAGUAGUGAGUGCCAUGUUUUUUAUGAUUGUAGUACCGUCUUUAAAGUAGUCACGCGUAGCCAGACGUUCGUACAUACAUGGUGUACUGUCGGACCCUCGCCUGCAGGGGGCGUGGUCCUCUUUGGUUAAAACUGGUACUAGUCUUAACGAGCGAAUGGAAGCAAAAAUGUAUUAGUAUAAGUGAACCCCAAUAAUAUGUGGUGACUCCUCUCUUUGUAUAUAAGUCAACUAUAAACUGUGUCAAUAUUACAAUUAGCUUAGUUGGGCAUUUUCUGUGCGUAUGGGUAUGUGUGGGUGUGUCUGCGCGUGCAUGUGUGUGAGAGGGGUGGGGGGGCUACCUCAACCUGCACUAGAUCACGACUCCCUCUCCAGACGCAGGAGCAAGUCCAGCAGGAAGUGGACGUGCAUGAGGAAAAAACAACCAACUGUAAAUUAUAUUCCAUCUUCCAAUAGGGUAAAGAUUGUUAGGAUAUGUAUGUAUGUAUGUAAAUAUGACAAGGGAAAUCCCUUUUUUUCAGAAUUAUGUAACUUAAAUUGACAAUAUUCAGGUUGCUAUAUGGUAUGUAUCUUUCAAUGUUUUGCACCCUGGAAACUGAAAAAAAGAAGGAAAGGAAAGGAGGCACGAGCCGUCUCUUCUCGUCUGAAUCAUAAACUUUGAUUUUCGGACUUGAUUCGUCGGGAUGGAGCAGGCGAACGCGUUUAUUGUUUCGUCACGCGGUCCCCUGGGAGUCCCCUUUCCCCUGGGAGCGGUUGCAUAUGUGUAUCUAUGCUAGCGGCGGGUGAAGUCUGCCCAACAGAGAGCUACAUGCUACGUAGCUUGUCUUGGGACAUCUGGACCCUCUGCCCAUGUACAGCUCUCAACGAUGAGCACAAAGGAUGAACUUUAAUCGGGCCGACUGACUUGUGCAUUUGGUUACCGUGAUGACGCCUGUACAUUCCUAUCUUCUGAAUGUGUGAACCAGUACACGUGGUGUGACGACUCCUCUAUUAAUGUGUAUCAAGAGAACGCAACGAAAACAAAACAAAAAAAAAUGUUUCUUUUUAAAUUAUUAUUAUUAUUAUUAUCAUUACUACUCGGAUAUUGUCUAGCUUUGUUAAAACUGCUGAUUCAUCGGCUUUGUUCAGCAGGCCUUUUCCCCUCCCCUUUAAGAAGAAAACGGCGGGAAAGUGGGGUUUUGGAUAAACUAUUUUUAAUUGUGGUUGAAGCAAUAGACUUUUUGAACUUUGAAUUGUGCAUGACUGUGUCUUGAGUGUAAAUCAAACAAAAUAUUGCAGUUUGGGACUGGACCGAAAUAAAAAAGAGGAAAAGUGUUA